AAUGUGAGCGGUCUAACUGUUUAACAAGACUGAGCUGAAAGUCCGGCAGAGAGAGCAAGAUGGUCGAUAGUGACAUUCGCUUGGAGGCUCUGUCUGCGCUGUGUAACACUCCAGUUACAUCCUGCCAGGCUCAGGUGUUGGGCCAUGGCCCGUGCCUGGCGUCUGCCCUUCCCAUGUCUGUGAUGGGCUUUGUCUCUGCAGCCAUGGGCCGCAGUGGUGAUGACGGCGAGGGCCUAGUGAUCGACGAGGACGAAUUCUUUGACAGACGGUACGAUUUUGAUUUCAGCAAGCUGAAGGACAAGUGCACCUACUACAGAGGAGGAGAAGUCUACCACAGGCCUUGCGGGUGGCUGCGCUUUGCUCUAAAGACACCGUCAGGACUGCCUUCUUAUGUCACUCCACAGGUCUGGGAUAAAUAUCCGGACGGGAACGUGUGGCUUGGUGAGCGCGGCCAUUGCACCACCACAUACUCCAAACUUGGGGAGUGGCCUGUGUCCUACCAUGGCACCUCCAAGAACGGAGCCAGAGCAAUCAUUGUCACCAAUUACCAGCCUGGUCCUGGUCAAAAGUACGGUCGCGGCGUGUAUUCAACGCCAUACCUGGAGGACGCAGUGGACUACACCAAAACAUUCCAGUCCAAAGCUACAGGCAAGAAGUACCGCGUGGUGAUGCAGAACCGCAUGAACCCGGCAUACCGUGAAAAACAUAAUGGGGAUAAAUACUGGCUGUUGCCUAUCCCUGAGGGCUUAACGCAAGACCAGGAGCAAGAUUUGGUGGAGAAAGCCAUUCGCCCCUGCGCUGUACUCAUCAAACCACUUUGAAGCAUGAAAGAAAAUUUCAAUAAUAAAAAACAUUUCAAA